AUGGGGACAGCAUUCGAAGAAGCCAUCAACAAGGCGGUGGAUGAGAAGGUCAUUGCAGGGGCCGCUGUGGUGGCAGUUGAUAAGUCUGGCAUACUAGGAACUACGAAAUAUGCAAAGGCCUUUGGGACAACGUCCCUUGGGAAAGGAGGGAAGCCGUUUCAAAUCGAUUCGACAAUGUGGUUGGCUUCUUGUACCAAGAUCAGCACUGCUGUGUCGUGUAUGCAAUGCGUGGAACGAGGACUGUUGUCUCUCGAUGACCCGAUCGGCAAGAUUCUACCUGAAUGGACGACGCCGGAGAUUCUCACUGGGUUUGAUGAGAACGAGAAGCCGAUUCUGAAGAAAGCCACCAAGACCCUCACGCUGCGUCACCUCUUGACUCAUUCUAGCGGAAUGGGGUACCCAGCAUUCAACCCUCUGCUGCAGAGAUAUUUGAAAGCCAUGGGUAAGCCCGUGGGGUUUCCGCAGGGAGCGAUUAAGGACGAUUUAAUGCUACCGUUGCUCUUUGAGCCUGGUGAAGGCUGGGAGUAUGGCGGUUCGAUCGAUUGGGCAGGCCAGAUGGUGGAACGGGUCAACGGUGGCAUUAGAUUGGGUCAGUAUAUGAAGAAGCACAUCUUUGAGCCUUUGGGGAUGAAAUACACGACGUUCCGGCCCAGUGAGCACCCCGGCGUUCAGGAAAGGUUCAUCGGUCGUCCGUUUCGCACACCAGACGGCAAAGUCAUCCCCGAUGCACCAGAUGUGGGCAUGUAUCCUGUGCGAGAGGCGGAUGAUGACUAUGGCGGUGCGGGAUUGUACAGUUGCGCGGAGGAUUACAUCAAAAUUGUGGCCUCGCUGCUGGUGGACGACGGGAAAUUGUUGAAGUCUGAAUCCAUCGAUGAACUCUUCCGCCCCCAGCUGCCGGAUACCAACUAUAUCCAGGCGGUCAUGGAUGUGCCUGAGGCGGCACAGUUUCUGGCUCCUAGUUUCGGAACUGGCGUCAAGUGGAAUUACGCCCUAGGCGGUGCUGUAGCGGUGGAUGGCGUUGAAGAAAGAGCAGAUAAGGGUAUGAUGUACUGGGCUGGACUUCCGAAUUCAUACUGGUGGAUUGAUCGCCGGAGAGGUAUCUGCGGCGUAUAUGCAACACAGUUUUUCCCUCCUGGAGACCAUCCAACGCAGAAGCUAUUUACACAGUUUCAGAAGGAUGUCUAUGCGAUGGCUGGAUAG